AUGGACGAAGCAAUAGUGGGUGAUUUUAUCGGAAUUGAUAUCGGAACAACGAGUGUUAAGUGUUGCAUUCUGGAUAAUAAUAGCCGGAUACUUAUGGAAAAAUCAGCAGUGCACGAUUCAUGGCUGAAGCAUGAAUCGAAUUUGCAUCGUGAACAGGAUCCUGUUAAAAUAUUAAGCGUUUUACAUGAUCUAAUAAAGUCGAUGGAAGUGAAGCUAUCAUUGAAUGUGACAGUUAGUAUCACAGGACAGAUGCAUGGUAUCGUCUUUUGGAAUGGACAGGAUUUAGCAAAAGGUAGUGUGAAAGAAAGGGGAAAGUGA